AUGGCGAUUGGUGGCGCCUGGAUGACCAUGUAUACAUACACCAAAGAAUUGUACCCGACAGUCGUCAGGUCCGUUGGAUUUGGUGUGAGUCAGACCAGUUCAUGGGUAGGAGGAAUCAUGGCACCAUUGAUUCUAUUGAUGGACGGAAGUAACAUCAUCGUCCCCUACGUGACAAUGGGCGCUCUCUUCAUCAUCAGCGCCACCUGUCUCUUCUUGUUGCCGGAGACCAAAGGGAGACCACUAGAAGACACGUUAAAAACGAAAGCGAAAGCAGAGUUUGUGGAGGCUAACCUUUAA